GAGCUGAGCGGGGCUGCGCUGCUCGGGGGCGGGCCGCUGGCGUGUGGCUGCGCGGACACGCGACGCCGCGGAGCCGGUCCUUCUCGGCGCCGGCUGCUGGGCGUGUGGCGGAGGCAAACGCCGUGGCUAACACACCUGGGAACUAGGAUCAGCUCCUCCUCCGUGUUCGUCUGGAACGCCAGAGGGAAAGGAAAAGCCUACAGGAAGGAAGGAAGGAAGGAAGGAAGCUGCGUUGGCGCGGAGUCACGCCAUUCAGAAGGAAGGCUGCUGCCUGGACCUAAGGCAAACAUGAACGUUGGCGUUGCCCACAGCGAGGUGAAUCCCAACACCCGGGUCAUGAACAGCCGCGGGAUAUGGCUGACAUACGCACUGGGAGUCGGCUUGCUUCAUAUCGUCUUACUCAGCAUUCCCUUCUUCAGUGUUCCUGUGGCGUGGACCUUAACAAAUGUUAUACAUAACCUGGGGAUGUAUGUGUUUCUGCAUGCCGUGAAAGGAACACCUUUCGAAACUCCGGACCAGGGGAAGGCAAGGCUCCUAACUCACUGGGAACAACUGGACUAUGGAGUACAGUUCACGUCUUCACGGAAGUUUUUCACAAUUUCUCCAAUAAUUCUAUAUUUUCUGGCAAGUUUCUAUACGAAGUAUGAUCCAACUCACUUCAUGCUGAACACAGCUUCUCUCCUGAGUGUGCUAAUUCCCAAAGUGCCACAGCUACAUGGUGUUCGGAUUUUUGGAAUUAACAAGUAUUGAAAAGCUUUGAAACGGAAGAAAAGCUUUUACAGCUACUGAGUUGCCUGUAAGGAAGGAGUGGUUGGUAAACUCACUGCUUCCAUGAUAGUGUGAAGUGAGAGGCAUUUACACGGAGAGCCUAGCGCUGGUUCUUCACGUGCUGUUUGGAAGUGCAGAUUCUUACUGGAGGAUGCCUGUGUUCAAAGCAUCUCGUACCUUUCUCAAGAGAGGCUUUAGAGGUAGGCUGGGCAGGCCCAGCUUAUAAAUUAAAUGGCUAUAAAAUGAGGGUGUAGUAGAUAAAUCCAAGGAAAUAAGAUUUUAAGAAACUAAGACCAGCUUAGUUUAUAACAAAUGGGCAUUAUGUUAGAAGAAACUUCCAAUCAUUCCGCCACGGUCAGUUUAAGCCAACUUACACGUAAACCAAAACCAUCUCUUCCCAAGCCUGAUGUAGGUUGUUUUUUGCCAUAUAUGUUCCUCUUGUGCUGUGUUAGAGGGCAUAUGCCCUCUUGUUUUACAUAAGCCAGUUCCUACCUUGUGAGUGGACUUUUUUUUUUUUCUCAUUUUGCUGGCUCAACAGUGUGUGUUGAUGAUGAGAUCGUUGUCACAUUGAGUAACUUACUGAGUUCAGGAAGGUCCACGUUCACGACUGACUGGCCAUAGAAGGUAGUUGGGCAUCUUACAGACAGCCUGAGUCAGCCUUCCAGUUGUGAGACAAAAUGGGGUUUGCUGCCUUUGCAGACCCAAGGCUGCUAAACCAAUUACGAAAAUAAUUUAUUUCCCAGUUAAAGUGUAUUCUAACUUAAAAGUCUCUGCUUAUGUGAUUGAGCAAUCUCAUUAUUUAAGUCUGCCAUUCUUUAGAAAAGGAAAUACUUGGACUUUCAGUACAUGAGUCUUCAUGUAGAUAACCCAAUAGGGUAACUAUUUCCAAAGCAGCAGCCAUAUUGAAUUCUUGUGACUUAGAGAAGCUUCCGAUAGUUGCUGACAUUAAUUGCAAGAAGUAACUAUAUACAACUUUGAGAAGUAAAUAUUCCCAAAAAACAAAGUUCUGAUAUGGGAUGAAACUGAAAACCCUAGGAACAUUUGUAAACAAAAUUGAAUGAAAAGUUAUAGACCAACUUAAAAUCAGUUUGUUUCAAUAAACUGACUUGGGGGAUAAUAUAAUUGUUUUAUAUUUCAAAAGUAUUGACUUUAGAAAUCAGUUGUAUGAUAAUGCCUUUGUAUGUUUGUCUUUUCCUGUGUAUUUUUUUCCCUGCAUAUUUUCAAAUACUUCAAUAAAAAUUUUCUUUGGUGUAGGA